GUAGAUGCUUUCUUUAAAGUUGUUAUAUUAAUCUACGAUGUUUAAAAUUAGGCGUAGUUAAACCGCACAUGGAUACAAAGUAGAUUAUUACCAUACAACAACGGUUAUUAAACAACGCUGCAGAUAGCUAGCUGGCUAGUAGCUAAUCGGUUUGAUGGAUAUCAGCAGAGGGAGCAAGUCACAGUAAUGCCAGUUUUGAAUCAUAACUUAGACAAGUUGAAGGAGAUAAGCACAAUUAUAAACAUAGUUGAAUUAUUACCUCUCUCUCUCACUCAAGUCGCAGCUUUUGUAAAUUACUUUUAUUACAAUUUGAGCUAGCUACAAAUAACAGAAAACCAAUGCACCGACUGUGAAAAUGGCCAGCCGGCGUGCGCUGAAGGCCGUCCUCAUUGACCUGAGUGGAACUCUACACAUUGAAGAUGCAGCAGUGCCUGGGGCACAGGACGCCCUCUACAGGUUACGGCAGGCAUCUGUUGCUGUGAAGUUUGUGACCAACACCACAAAAGAGAGUAAGAGGAACCUUCUGGAAAGACUGCAACGACUCAACUUUGACCUCCAGGAAAAGGAGAUCUUCACAUCACUAAAUGCUGCAAGGAGUCUCUUGGAGAAGACCCAACACCGACCGCUGCUGCUGGUGGAGGACAGCGCCCUGGAAGACUUCACAGGUAUCGACACAUCGGAACCAAACGCUGUCGUCAUCGGACUUUCCCCGGAUCAUUUUAACUACCAAACUAUGAACAAGGCUUUCAGACUGAUUCUGGAAGGCGCUCCUCUGUUCGCCAUCCAUAAGGCUCGUUACUACAAGCGGAAAGACGGUUUGGCUCUCGGCCCUGGGCCCUUUGUAGCCGGACUGGAGUACGCCACAGACUGUAAAGCCACCGUGGUGGGGAAGCCUGAAAAGACGUUCUUCAUGCAGGCUCUGGAUGAUUUAGGCUGUAGCCCCGAAGAAGCAGUCAUGAUAGGAGAUGAUGCCCGGGAUGACGUGGGAGGAGCUCAGAGCGCUGGAAUGUUGGGGAUCUUAGUCCGCACCGGUAAAUACAGACAAGGAGAUGAGAAUAAAAUCAACCCUCCGCCUCACCUGAUAUGCGACAGCUUUCCGGACGCUGUUGAACACAUCGUCAGGAACUUACUAUGACAUCAUCACGUUGUCACUAUUUCUUGCUAUGCCUAGCAAUGCCUCC